GCUCCCGAGAGCACAGUUCCAGGGGGGCUCUCUGCCCUCGCUGAGGUCUCUGCGGGAGUAGCGACCGCAACUUGUUAGAGGCUUAAGUCCUCCGGGACCCAGCCGCGUCACCUGACCCCCGGGGACGGCCACCAUCCUGCUCCCGCUUGUGGGAAGGGGGCGUAUGCAAACAAUCUGGAGUCCCAAGCUCCUGAUUGGUCGUUCCGAGGCCUCCUCCCCGCCGUGCUCCCGCGGCCGGCGCCGUGGGCAUGCGGGCGCGGCCCGCGCGCGCGUGAGAGGAUGGGGACGCAGGGCAGCCCGGUCAAGAGCUACGACUACCUGCUCAAGUUCCUGCUGGUGGGCGACAGCGACGUGGGCAAGGGCGAGAUCCUGGAGAGCCUGCAGGACGGCGCGGCCGAGUCUCCGUACGCCUAUAGCAACGGCAUCGACUAUAAGACGACCACUAUCCUGCUGGAUGGACGGCGGGUCAAGCUGGAACUCUGGGACACGUCGGGCCAGGGCAGGUUCUGCACCAUCUUCAGGUCCUACUCCAGGGGCGCGCAGACACUUGAGGACCAAAGCAGCAGCCAGGCCUGCACGUUCGCCAGACUGUACGUUCUGAGGAAGCACAUCCUGUUACCACGUCCACGUUCUCUCCAAAGCAUCCAGCCCAGCCGGUUGUGUAUCAGCUGUUGCUGUUGCUUUGCUAGCCCUGGGGGUGCUGGUCGUUUCGGGGCUGGGUGGCCGGCAGCGGGCGCCGAGUCUGGGGUGCUUCUGCCUGUCGUGCUUCUGUCCCGUCUGGUGGUGGCAGUGAGGACGGUGGGGUCUGCGUGGUCAGCGCUACCUGACUUUGCGGCUGAUGAUACCGCUAGUGGAGUUUCCUCUCUCCUGUCACUCUCCUACCCUCGGUUAAGGUCCGAGAGGCCUUGCGGGUCCCGUAAGGUCCAGAACACAGAAGCCCCUGGCCAGCCCCUGUGUGUUGUCACCUGCCCCACAGCGGUACUGUCUCGUGGCUCUUGCCAUGAGUACCUUCCUGUCCUGGACCACUGGACUGUGGCCCGUGUUUGCUGUUGCUGGGUGCUGAGGUGGCCCUGGGAGGCCGGUGCCUCCCGUUGGGGUCCCCUGGAGUCCCAGGGAGGGGACUGGGGGCCAGGAGCAGCGAACAUUCUGUUCAGUUGAGGGUUUGGGGUCACCUGGAUUAGCACUGGGGAGAGCACGGCCAGGCGCCGGUCUGGAUAGAGAGGGUUCAAUUCAUUCCCGUGAAAAGGGGUUUCCUGUGAAAAAUGGUCUCGGGCUCACAUUUGCCAUUACACGAAUGCUGGUGAGGGUACCAGCAUGCCACCUGUCACCGCCCAGCUUGGGGGGCAUUUGGGCCAGAGACCGUUUGACAGACACCUGCUCCCCAUUUUCAGUGCUUGUCUUGCUCCUGGCAGAGGCCUGGGCGCGUGUUGGGGGCGUAGGCGGAGCUCCUUGGGAGCCUCACCGUACAACAUGCAUCACAUGUGCCCAAAACUGACUUCAUAAAAAGUGCACCUCUGCACCUCGGUUGGGGUGCUGGUGGCACAGGUACGUACGUUUGUCCAAGCUCGUCAAACUGCUCACCCUUAAAAUCUCUCUGCAUCUUCUGAGGGAUAAGCGGUAGCUCAGAAAUGGACAGAAUGAGGACCCGGGCCCCGCACUCCCACCUCUGGGAAUCCUGUGGCCCGGGUCACGUUGUACGUGCUCAGGCCUUCAUCUCAGGUGUUGCUAAUCACACAGUAGGUGAAGUCACCUGAGCGCCAACAGCCGCGCGACCUGCUGAGCCUGGCGUGAGGCUCUGGCGUCUGUGGGGCAGGGGGUCCCGGGUGGGGGCUGGGCAGCUCGCACCACAUCCCCGUCUGUGUCAGGAAUGAGACGGUAAGCGGUUAUCCCUGGAGCGAUGGGGAGGGCUUCUGUUUGUACCCUGGAGUACCCGCUCAUUUAAAAACUCUGAGCCUGUGGUACUUUUAUUAACUGAAAAAACAGUAUAGUGAGAAUUUAUUUGCUCCUCCUUCUGCCUCUUUGGAAUGCACGGCCGACUUGGGACCCCUUGGGGUCUUCUGGUAACGAGCAGCCUCGCUUUGGUUUCUCAUCGGUGCCACGUGUGCUCGAUCCCACCUGUCCUUCCCACACUCAUUUUGGUCCCUGCUGCCUGCGAUGUGACCAGCUCUGUGUCCUUCCUCCCUGUGAUGGACCGCGACUGGGGCAGCCGCAGGAAGAUGGUUGUGGGUGCAGGUUGGCGCCAGCUGGGAGGGACAGCCAGGGGUUCCACAGCCGCCUAGGGGCGUGGCUGAAGUCUGAGCCCAAGAGAUGAGCUUCUGCCUGCUUGUUUGAGCUUUUCGGCCUCACACAGGUGAGCAGGAGCAAGAAGGUGAGUCCCUGUCGAGCUCCAACACGUGGUUGUGCGUGGAAACUGUUCUCUGUGGGUUGUUGUGUGUUUGCACUUCCGUUUCUAAAAACUGUGCGGGGGCACCUGGGGGGCUCGGUUGGUUAAGCGUCCCCCUCUUGCUUCGGCUCAGGUCAUGAUCUCACUUACGGUUUUGUGGGAUCGAGCCCCACAUCGGGCUCUGAGCUGAUAGUGGAGUCUGCUUGGGAUUCUGUCUCCCUUUCUUUCUGCCCCUCCCCCACCCCCCACUUGUGCUCAUUCUCUCAAAAAAAAAAAAAAAAAACUUAAAAGGUCUGCACAUCUGUGUACUUCUCACAGUCUGCUGUGCACCUCCGUGUCUUACGUUUAUACCCACUUGGUACGUCCA